CCCGAUUCGGCGAUUCAGUUGCUUCCAUUGUUGAUUUAGAACCCCUCAGAUCUUUAGCUUCAACGCCGCGAACCCAGCGUCGCGUCUAAACUUACGGCUCUGAUAAGCCUUUCCCACCACGAGACCUCGGGCAACACUGCACUACACCGCACUGCGUCAACAAAGACAACUACCCGGGAGCCCGUCAAUGGAACACUGGUGCUGGACGUGUUUUGCCCUGCCAUAUGUCACCCUCCUUCCAUCUGAGCCAUGUCUGAGGACGUAUCCAAGUUUUUGAUGCAGGUUCGAGAGCUGGGGGACAGACGUGUCGAAGAGGACGAGGCGCGAUCCAGAGAGCUGGAAGAGAAGAUAUUGCAAGACAGAAAAGAACGACAGGCCCGUCGCGCAGAACGCGCCCGGUCUAUUUCACCCCAGAAAUCCUCGCCCGCAAACACCCCGCCUCCUUCAGCGCAACGCGCCGCCGCGCAAGCACCUGAACGUCUUGCUCUUGAUUCCUCGCCCAUUCUCGAACCGCCAGCAAGCCCUCAAUUAGGAGGCUUGCCCCAGUCCGACUCAAUGAAUUCCUCUCCAACCAAAGAGAAUGAGUCGCCGUUCGAAUCAGACAAUAAACGUGCGAGCGGUUCCAUGUCUCCCACGCGAACGGGAUCUAUGGCACGGGGCCUAAGUUGGCAACAGCGACGACCAACUUCUAUAAGCCGGCCACUAUCCAUGGUGGCAGCGGAGAAUGCAGCCCGUUCUUCCAACAGUUCGACAGAACCCACUGAGCCUGCGUCGAGAGACCAGAUUUCCCAGGCUUUGUCGUCGAAAGAUCCUGCCUGGUUCCGUCAGACCGCAGAUCGAGGCAUAUCUUCUGACGCAUAUAGGAAAGAACAGGUGGAAGACGAGGAGAGAACGGACAUGUCAUCAACGAAGACACAGCUUCCGGGAAUGGCGCGUGGGCCAACGGCAGAGCCUACUAAAGGCGAAUCAAAUUCACGGCCUGAGUCCCCUGGCUUGAAUCAAGGCCUUGCAUCACCUAUUGUGUUCACCAAAUCUCAAAAGCUGGAUCCCCCCAACGGCGACACUCAUUCAGCGCCAGAUGCAACUCAGGAAAGGCAGCAUCUGGUUUCCUCACCUUUGUUGGGGCGAACUUCGCCCACAAGGACGGAUCGGCCCGUUUCGCCGACAAAAGGCAUGGGCGGGUUUGUGCAGAGUGCCAUGAUGAAGCGUUCCGACAGUGUGAAUAAAAGAUGGAGCGUCCAUUCGUCGACAGGAUUGCAACGUGGUGAUUCAGUCGCUUCAAGCCACGGCACUUACGAUGCCCCAAAUCGCAAGAGCAUGAGUGCCAAGUCCCGACCAACAAGCUUGUUCCGGGAGACCUCAUUAGAGACGUCCUCGCAACCGAGUUCCAGCCAAGGCAAAGAGGGCCGAUAUGAUAUUGAACCAAUUUCUCCUUCAACGGUGGACACGUCACUCAAACUUGACACAAAAACACCCUCACCCCCAGAGCCACGAGAACCAGAUGCGGAAAAAGCCACACCUCCCUCUAGUCCAUCAAAGACAAUGGACCAGAGAAGGUGGAGUCCCAAUAAAGCUAGCUGGCUUGAGUCUGCUCUUAAUAAGCCUGAGUCUCCGAAGCCGAAGCAAACUCCACCUUCGAAUCAGCCUGCGUGGAUGGCAGAAUUGGCGAAAGCGAGAGCUCAGAAGGCUUCCAGUAAUUCUAGUACGGACCUUGGAAGGGCGCCGACUGUUUCCCACAAACACCAAGUCAGCAUUGGCGGACUUGCGAGGACCUCGACCCCCAGCGUCAUUGCUAAGCCAUCGGCCUUGGGUGGGUUGCCCGGGUCCGUCACUCCCUCAACUGGUGGCACUCGUCCAGGUUUCGGAAGUGUUCGCAAGAACUCCCAGGUUUCAGCUGGGGAGGAUGGCGACGAUAAGGAGUCUCCAACCUCCGCUAAUCCAAAGCCAGAUACGCCGCCAACGAAAGAUUUCCGCGCAAAUUUGAAACCUAGACACGUGCCUUCGGCGUCCGGUAGCACCAACAAUAAUGAGCUCAAGAGUGUUUUCGGCACUUUACGAAAGACGACAACGCAGAACUACGUUGCGCCCGAUGAACUAAAGAGCAACAUCCUGCGAGGUAAAGCCGGUCUGAAUCUGACAGGCGGCCCCCAGAAAACGGAACGCAAAGAUGAGUUCAAAGAGGCAAUUCUGGCCAAGAAAAAGGAGUUCCAGAAAGUCCAGGUCGAAGGCAAAGGGGUCGCCCGUACUGCGAGCGAUGCAAGCGAGACGCCGCUCCCGGAGGGCCUGGCAAAGAAGAUGGAGCUAGGACGUUCAGGCACGCUGAGACGGGAUUCCGCUACCUCGGAUGUCUCAUCCGUCAUUGACCUGUCGAAGAGAUCGAGUGUAGUUUCCAAACACGACUCUACCUCCCAAGCGACGCCCACUUUGUUCGACCGACCAAUGUCGCUUGAACGACGCGGCUCGAUGCCUCCGCGCAGCCCUGUAGAGCCGAGGCGCCCGAGUUCUGGGCCAAAACGAGGUUCAGCACAGGAGGUUCCUAUCGUCAAGCCCAAGCAGAAUGCGGCCCCAACGCCCGGUUUGCAUAAAGAGACAAGCGUCCCUGGCCGUCUCCAGCCCAAAGUUGGCGGCACACUAGCUAAUCGAUUCAACCCUGCACUGGCUGGCCUACUUGCUCGGGGGCCGCCUACGUCGUCGUCUGCGCCUUCUAGUGAUACGGACAGUCCUGUCCCUCCAUCGACGUCUUCUGAUGGUGGAGACGGCAGCGAAGCUGCUUCGGUGCCUAAGCUGACUCACAUGACCAAAAACCGUGCUCGAGGACCCAGACGAAAGGCGCCUACGUCUACUGGAGCUGGAGCAUCGUCCCCAAGCAAAGAUUUGCAGGAUGCAGUGAACACGACGCCCUCCGCAUCCAAGCCCGCUUCUUCGUCCCUAAGUUCAUUGCAAAAGGAGGAUGUCCCAGUUACGACGUCCAGACCUCAAGUUGCCAGCCUGGUCGGCUCGUCAAUGAAGGGCUAUGGGUCUUCUUCGCGCCCAGGGCCCGAAGCAAUCUCGAUUGUUGAUUCUUCAAAGAAGGCAUUCGAGCCAACCGCCAGCGACCUUCCAGCCAAGUCGUCAUCCCCGAGUAGGAUGCACAGUCGGUCUCCAAGUAAAAUACACGAGCAAGUUGCUGCAUUUGCUACACUGAAGAGCUCCCCCUCCCCGACCAAAAUACGGGAGGAAGUUGUGCUGGAAAAAUCACAGCCAGCAUCUCCAAGUAGAGGCCAUUCGCGCUCUCCGAGCAAGAUACACGACCAAGUCGCUGCAUUCUCGGCAUUCAGAAGUCCAACUUCCCCAACGAAAACUCGAGAUGAGCCUGAGCAACGUUCACAGCCACCAUCCCCUAGAAAGCUAGACAUGAAACGGAUGUCCAAGUUCUUCGAUGAAUCAAAUCAAAUCUCUGAGAGUGUUGUAGAGCGUGAACCCCCGAAAAAUGCGGUCAAAUCCCCAAGCCCAGAUUUCGAGAAAACGAAAGUACGCUCGCCCCCAUUAAGCGCAUCUGGUAAAGCAAGCCCUUCAUUCAGCAAGCCUACAGGUCUAGGCACAAAGGGGCCUGAAGUGUGGUCACCUCCGCCAACCUCGUCUGGUCGGCCGUCUCCUUCUCUAGAAGGUCAAACGAGGAAAGAGCCUGCUUGGAGCGACAAAGUCGAUUCAGCAUCUAGCGUGUCGGUGGCUGGCGGCUCUUCCAUGUUUGGAGGCAAGGCUCUUCCGGCGAUACCACCAACAGGAGACUUGACACACCCGAAGUCCGCAUCGAAGCCACUUCCAUCGGAGCCAAAGUCCGCAUCGAAGCCACUUCCAUCGGAGCCAAAGUCCGUACCAAAACCUCUGCCCAGCCCGGGGCCAAAAUCACCUCUCUCCAUGGCUUCUCCAAUGCGGUCGCCUACAAAGCAAGCCACCGAGGUCUCGUCGGUCUUGAACGAGUUCUUUGGCCCCAAUCGUCCCAAGAGAGAAUAUCGCGUGGAUGCGGCUGAGCUUUUGAUGAAUAGACCUGCCACUUCUGCUUCUAGAAUUCAGACUCUGAGUGCACAACUGUUUCAGUUUUCGGCCGAUGGCAAGAAAUUGCCUGUGCCGGCCCAAGGUGAAAGGGUGCUCUAUGAGCGUGAGAUGUAUCUUUGCUCUCAUACAUUCAAAGAUGCUGCUGGCAAGAAAACUAGCGAGGUUUACUUCUGGGCUGGUGAUGACGUCUCUUCUUCCAUUGUGGAGGACGCAUCAACCUUCGUCACUCGCGAAGCCAGAGCGCUGGGUGGCAAAUUAGUCAAAUUGCGGCAGGGCAAGGAAACACCCGAGUUCGUAGCAGCACUGGGGGGCAUCAUAAUCACUCGCCGUGGGACAAGCAACAAGUUCGACUCUCUAGCACCGCACAUGCUCUGCGGACGGCGAUACCUCGGUCAAGUUGCGUUUGACGAAGUCGACUGUUCGUCUGCAGCGCUAUGCUCCGGGUUUCCCUACCUCAUCACUAAUGCCGGCCGAUGCUAUCUGUGGAAAGGCAAAGGCAGUGGUGUUGACGAGCUCAGUUGUGCACGCCUAAUAGGAAUGGACUAUGCACUGUCGGGCGAGAUGGAGGAGAUUGAAGACGGUCGCGAACCAGCAAACUUCUGGGACCUUUUCAAGGACGGUGGCCCUAAGUUCAGUUCGGCCGACCACUGGCGGUUGAAGCCCAACUACGAUAAAUACUGCAGCAGGCUGUUCUGUUCCAGUGCAGCUUCCAAGCAACAGAUCCUCGAGCUAUCGCCAUUCUCGCAAGCCGAUCUCCACCCUACCAAGAUUUACGUGCUCGAUGCCUUCUUCGAGCUGUACAUCAUAGUGGGGUCGCGCGCGCAGCUGCAGUACGCCUCGUUCCACAACGCACUCGAUUUCGCCCAGGAGUACGCCAUUCUCGCCGCGGGCAUGGAGGACCGGCCUUUUGUGCCCAUCUCGACUGUUGUGCUCGAGGGGAUCCCGAGGGACAUGAAGAGAGUGUUCCGCAAGUGGCGCGACGCCGAUAGCCCGACCAUCACGAACACGCCCGGGUCUGGCACGGGCCUGCGUAGGGGAAGGAGUCUAAGGAUCGUGCCGCUGAACCAAGCUCUUCAGGCGCUGAGCGACUAGGGUCCGUCUCGGAGCCGAAGGUGGUUUUGAAGGGUACACCCAAUGAAUGUUUCUUGGAAUGACAUGAUGUAGAGAUGAUAGUAUAUGGGGUAAUGAGCCAUGUCCUACCACGCGCUAAGGUCUCGAACUUAUCCGCAAACAUGCUGUGGCACUAUGGCGCAAAGACGUGGAGGGGUGACAGCAGCAGCUGCAGUCAUUCUUCUCUCCGUGUAUACCUGACUUGCCCAUGCUUACAGAACAACGCCUCUUUGUAAAUUAUGAAAACCGUGGAACGCUAGCCACAAGGUUGCUAGUCGCUAGGUUGGGGUGGGAGUGGCAACAAUUGCAUCGCAUGGAGGUGCAUGGUGGCGUUUACGCGCGACCACAAUAUUUGCUUAUUAUACACAUGUUAUACCUACACCCAACGAACGAAAGAUGUGUGUGAGAG